AUGGGACUUUUACGUCUCUAUCCUGGUUGGACCUCACGGCUCCUUCAGUGCAGCCGAAGCCCACGGCUCACUCGACAAUUCCAUGUCUCUCGUUUUCGGUCUGCGCCUUGCCCUUCAAAACCCGUCCACGCGAUACCCCAGGCCGCCGUUGGCUCUUAUACGCAGCAGGAUGGCGGGCACGUUCUCAACUCUCCUUCUGAACUCGCUCGCCGACUGUCCGCGAAGGUACUGCCAAAAAUCCCCCGGCCCAAUGUGCGCAAGGUCCUCAUCGUCGGCAGUGGUGGUCUCAGCAUCGGUCAGGCGGGCGAAUUCGACUACUCGGGUUCACAGGCGUUGAAGGCUCUGCGUGAGGAGGGCGUUGACGCGGUUCUAAUCAAUCCAAAUAUCGCGACAUGGCAGACGUCUCAUCAGCUUGCUUCCGAGGUCUACUUCUUGCCCAUUACACCGGACUAUGUUGCAUAUGUUUUGGAAAAGGAACGGCCUGACGGUAUCCUGCUUACAUUUGGUGGGCAAAGUGCUCUCAAUGUUGGAAUUGCAUUGGAUAAAAUGGGCGUCCUCGAGCGGCUCGGAGUUCAGGUGCUUGGAACACCUAUUCGGACCUUGGAGGUAUCGGAGGAUCGUGAUCUGUUUGUACAUGCUCUCAAGGAGAUUGAUAUUCCCGUCGCACAAUCCACUGCUGUAUCUUCGGUAAAUGAUGCACUGAAUGCUGCGGAGAAAAUCGGUUAUCCUGUCAUCUUACGGUCCGCCUUCACAUUGGGUGGUCUCGGCUCUGGCUUCGCCAACAAUUCAGAUGAACUGCGUGACUUGUCUGCCAAGAGUCUGAGUCUGAGUCCGCAGGUCCUAAUUGAGCGGAGUAUGAAGGGCUGGAAGGAACUCGAAUAUGAGGUUGUCCGCGAUGCUGCUGAUAACACCAUUAUCUGCUGCAACAUGGAGAACUUUGACCCGCUUGGCACACACACCGGUGAUUCCAUCGUCGUCGCUCCAUCACAAACCCUGCCCGAUGACGAGUAUCAUAUGCUGCGGUCAGCUGCGCUCAAGGUUAUUCGGCAUCUGGGUGUAGUCGGCGAGUGUAAUAUUCAAUAUGCACUUAACCCGACAUCCAGAGAGUACUGCGUCAUCGAAGUCAACGCGCGCCUCAGUCGCUCAAGUGCUUUGGCUUCGAAAGCCACAGGAUAUCCACUCGCCUACACUGCGGCGAAGAUUGCUUUGGGCUACACUCUCCCUGAGCUGCCCAACGCAGUCACGAAGACGACGACGGCAUGUUUCGAACCCUCCUUGGACUACAUCGUGACGAAAAUUCCGAAGUGGGACUUGGCCAAGUUCUCGGCGCAAGUGAACCGCGAGGUCGGCUCAGCUAUGAAGUCCGUCGGAGAGGUUAUGGCUAUCGGGCGCACCUUCGAGGAGAGUCUGCAGAAGGCUAUCCGGCAGGUGGACCCGCGCUGGAAGGGGUUUGAGGCGUACGUUCAGCCUGAAGACCUGGACUACGCUCUCAGCCAUCCCACCGAUAUGCGAUUGUUCGCAAUCGCCUAUGCGAUGUUCAACAAGCAGUACACGGUUGACAAGCUUCACGAUCUGACCAAGAUUGACAAGUGGUUCCUCUACAAGAUCGAUAACAUCGUUCAGACGGUCUAUGCGAUUAAGGAAGUCGGGUCUGUGGAGAAGAUCGACGAAGAGCUUAUGAGACGUGCCAAGUGCAUGGGUUUCUCAGAUGCCCAUAUUGCGGACCUGGUAUCGUCCACUGAGAACACUGUCCGUGCUCACCGCAAGGCGUUCGGCAUCACUCCCUUCGUGAAACGCAUCGACACUCUGGCUGCAGAAUACCCCGCUCAUACGAACUAUCUUUAUACCACGUACAACGCCUCAGAGCACGAUGUGGAGUUCGACGAGCACGGCACCAUGGUCCUUGGCAGCGGCGUGUACCGCAUCGGCAGCAGCGUGGAGUUCGACUGGUGUGCGGUCACCUGCGCCCGAAAGUUGAGAGAAAUGGGCCAGCGGACAAUCAUGGUGAACUAUAACCCCGAGACCGUGUCAACCGACUUCGACGAAGCCGAUCGGAUGUAUUUCGAAGAACUCGGUUACGAGCGGGUUAUGGAUAUCUAUGAGCUGGAGCAGGCGCACGGCGUCAUUGUCAGCGUAGGCGGUCAGCUGCCCCAGAACAUCGCUCUGCGGUUAAAGGACAAUGGUGUGAGCGUCCUUGGAACAGAUCCUGAGAAGAUUGACAAUGCCGAAGAUCGUCACAAAUUCUCGUCCAUCUUGGACAGCAUUGGGGUAGAUCAACCCGAGUGGACUGAAGUUACUUCUGUCGAAGAUGCCAAGACAUUCGCUCAGAAGGUCGGUUAUCCCGUACUUAUCCGCCCCUCUUAUGUCCUGUCGGGCGCAGCGAUGAACGUCGUGUACGAGGAGUCGGCUUUGGAAUACAACCUCUCCGCUGCCGCUUCGGUUUCCCCGCUCCAUCCUGUGGUCGUCUCCAAGUUCAUUGACAACGCUCAGGAGAUUGACGUUGACGCCGUUGCCUACCAGGGGAAGCUACUUCUGCACGCCAUUUCAGAGCACGUAGAGAACGCAGGUGUCCACUCUGGUGAUGCCACCCUCGUCCUCCCGCCCUUUUCCCUGACAGACGAGGAUAUGCUCCGCUUGAAGCAUAUCGCAGAGAAGGUUGCCGCGGCCUUCGAGAUAUCCGGGCCGUUCAAUAUGCAAGUUAUUCGCAAAGCUGCUGACGCUCCAGAACAGGAAGCCCUGUUGAAAGUCAUCGAGUGCAACUUGAGAGCCUCGCGGUCGUUCCCCUUCGUAUCGAAAGUUCUUGGCCACAACUUCAUCGAUGUUGCAACGGCUGCGAUCGUCGGACAGGGCGUGCCGGAACCUGUAGACGCGAUGGCAGAGAAACGUGACUACACUGCGAUCAAGGUUUCGCAAUUCUCUUGGACCCGUUUGGGCGGGGCAGAUCCUUUCCUGGGUGUCGAGAUGGCAAGUACCGGCGAAGUCGCAGCUUUCGGCCAGGACAUCCACGAGGCCUACUGGGCAGCUCUACUCAGCACUACAGGCUUCAAGGUUCCGCGUGCCCACACCGGUGUCCUUCUCGGCGGCGAUACUACCAAGCCUGAGAUGAGGACCGUUGCAAAGGGCUUGAUCGACCUAGGAUUCAAGCUCUACUGCUCCUCGCCUGUGGUGGAAGAAUUCCUCAACAGCAUACCGUACGUUUCCGCCAAGCGCAUAAUUUUUCCCACCAAGGACAAGCGCAAAUUGCGUGAAGUCUUUGAUGAGUAUGAUAUCGAGUGUGUCAUCAACUUGGCGAAGGCGCGAGGAACAGGUGCGACCGAUGAGGAUUAUGUCGCUCGCCGCAACGCUGUCGACUUCGGCUUGCCAUUACUGAACAACGCUCGAUGUGCGCAAUUAUUUGUGGAGAGCCUAGCGAAGAAGAUCCCGCAAGGCGGGUUGCGCAGCUACACUGAAGGUAAAAUACCCUCGGAGGUACGAUCCUGGCGCGAGUUCGUCGGAAGGAGGGCAUGA